AGGAAUUUUACGAGCAAUGUAUUCCAUAAUAAUUGUUAAUUUCUAAUAAAAUUCAGCCUUUUUCAGAAUUCAGAAGUCAGAAGCAUAUGGAAGUGCAACAAUGUGUUUCAUAAAUCCCUCUCUACUUUUUCGAAAAAAAUAGCUGCGGCUCAAUUUUUUUGAAAGAUUAAUUGAAUUUAUGGAAGUUUUAUGCCUGUGCAAGUUCUCUACAAUACAAUCAUACAAUGGAUGAAUGCAAACAGAUCCACGUGUAAUCAACAUAACCAUUUCCUAACGCUUCUCUUCGAGUUAUUUAUACAUCGUCUUUUGAAGAAUAUCUGAGACAGAUCAUUGGAAGAUGGGUAAACUAUUCGUGGCAUCUAACCUAACCACGUUCUCUUGUGAUUCUUGUCUCAGAAAUAGAGCAUUCCCAUGCCGGGAUCAUAUUAUUCAAGAUGAAGGAUGUAUCCAAAUUAAAUCUGAAGUGUUCCGGAAGUGUUGCAUAAUUUUCAACGUAGGUAAAGAAGUGGUCGAAUGUGCGUCAACGAAGUGUUUUGAAUAAUUGAAAGUGUGUUUUUGUGUGUUGUUCGCGAUUUCUGCCGAAAGCAUGGUCAAAACGAAACGAAAUCAAUCGCCACCUUUUUCUCCAUCGAAAGUGGACCUCUCAAUGAAUACCGUUAGCGAAAUCGUCCAAGCAGCUAGCAGCGCAGUGCUACUGCCGGAAAUAUCGAAGUUUACGGGUGAGGUGUCUGCUACUGAAGCAAAAGAAUGGUUGAAAAGCGUCGAAAAUCAAGGCCUGAUCGGUGGUUGGAAUAACCUACAAAAGCUGGAAACUGCGAAGCGAUUACUUACGAAAGCAGCCAAAAGUUGGUAUCUACUCAAUGCGGACGAUAUCAAAUCGUGGUCCGAUUUUCGAAGUUGUUUUUGGGAAACGUUUAUUGGCGAAGAUGAUGGAAACGUGGUUGACAAGUGGGAACGUUUCUCCGCGCGAUGUCAACAAGAUAACGAAUCAUCAAUCGAAUACAUCUUCGAUAAGCUGCGUUUAGCUAAAGAUGUUGGUGCAUCCGUUGCAGAAUCGAAAAAUGCUGUUUGUGCUGGGUUUAAGUCCGAAGAUAUGGCGAAUUAUCUACGUAUUUACGAUUAUUCGAAAGCUGCCGAUUGGAGCAAACGACUUCGUGAAUUUGAAUCUAGUAAAUCGAAACCUGACGUUGCUGAAAGUGAAAACGAAAAACCGGUUGUUCCUGAUCCUGAAACGAAAAAGUCCGAAUCUGUCCUUCUGGUCAAUACAGCGUUAGGUGUUGAUCGUGAAAAAUAUGUGAAAACGGCUGUUAUCAACGGAAAAACGAUUUCGGGAGCGUUGAUCGAUAAUGGUAGUAGCGUAUGUGUGAUGCGAGCGUCAACUGCAGUCACCCUGUGCGAAACUAUUCAACCCCCUUCGAAUACGAGAAUUUUCGGCGUUGGUAAUUUGGAAAACGGAUCGGAAGUACUUGGUAAAAUCGUAGGUACGGUCUCAGUCGAUGGUGUGGCAGUACCCGAAACGGAAAUUCUAAUCCUCCGUGAUAAUGCGUUACCUGUUCCUCUCGUCAUUGGCUGUUCUUGGAUCGAAAACCCGAAUGUUGCGAUGAUCAAGUGGAAAGAUCAAUUUAUCAUCACACAGGCGAAUCGUGUGUCGUUAAACGAAAAUAGUGUCGUGUUUAGUGCCGAAAAAUCGCCGUGUAACAUCGUUGAAACGUCUGUCAACUUCGUUCGAGUCGAAAACGCCGGCAAAAUUGCUGAAAAGAGUGAAAUUCGUGUUCGUAAUCGGAAAAGGAAGCGAAAACCAGUUCGUGAAAAAUCGUUUAUUGUUAGUGAUAAGCGCGAUAAUUGUCGUUUUUGUUUUUCGGAGGAAAAUUGUACCAUUUCCCCGGAGUUGCGUUCGCCGAAAUUUCGUAAAAAGUGCGUGAAUCGGUGUGUUGAGGACAACACACACUGCAGAAUGGCCGAGUGUGGUAAACCUCACGGGUAAUUCCCGGUAAUUACGCUCGUUGUGUCUCUCUCCUCGUGUGUACGUGAUGUACGAGUAUUCUUGUUAUGAUAUUCGAAGCGUUAAGAUGUAAUAAUUAUAUUCCUUGUUAUUUUUUUUAUAAAAAACGUUAUUAAUUGUUCGUUAAUUGUUAAUAUGUUUCCUACAAUUCAGCCGAUUUAAGUAUUUAUAUUCAUUUUAUGUUUUGUUAAAUUAUCUUUCAAUUUAAGUUUGAAGUGUUUCCAUAUCCAGAACGUCUUUGGUAAAGAUUAGGUAAUUGAUUGCUGAAGUGAAACGUGUGCAAUAGCUCAAAGAAGCUCUUUUAUCGGGAUGGAAGAAUCCUCCAAUUGAAUCUGCAUUGGCAAUUGAACAGAAGCGAAAGCUAAUAGCAAACUUGGCUUGAUUUGUAGAGGAAGAAAUGAUAUAGAUAACUAGUAGAAGAGAAGAAAAAUUAUGUCUACCUCCAUUCUACAUUAUAGCUUACGAUAUAAGCUUUUGUUUUACGAAAAACUAGAGAUAUUUUUGCAUCAAGGAAGAAAAAACAAGAUUUUCUGGAAAUGUGGACCAAAAAAUUCGGGUGUAAACUUGUAAAAAAUAAGAUAAAAGUGCUAGAUAGCAAAUUAGUCGGAAGCCUCGUCAGUUUCGCAUUUUCGCUUCAUCCAUAUCGAGGGUUUCAUCGUCUUCGUAUUGUUCGCCGGAAUUAGUCUCAAUAUAGAGGAUGUUCAUCUGUUAUGCCACUUUUUAAAUUAUAUACCUAGCUGUUCACGAUCAAAUUAAUCUAAAUG